AUGGCUGGAGUUAUACCUGUGAGGACAGCUCUGUUUCCAACACAUGGCUUCAAGUCUGACCCUGUCCACGACUUCAUCCCGAUAUUGCAGACCAACUACCAGCACGUCCUGGCCAUCCUGUUUGCCAUUAAAGAGAUCAAUGAAAAUCCAGAGCUCUUACCCAACAUAACCCUUGGCUACAGCAUCUAUGAAAACUGCUUCAGCGUCAGGAAUACUUAUGAAGCCACCAUAGACCUGUUCUCUACCGCACAUUGGAUGGUCCCUAAUUUCAAGUGUGGGAGGCAAGGAAAACUCCUGGCUGUUAUUCAAGGAGGGGACUUUGAAACCUUUUUCCAGGUGGCAACCAUGCUAGAUGUUUACAAGGUCCCUCAGCUGACUUACGGUUUUGUCAAUAAUAUUCUGAGUGAUGAAAUUCAUUUCCCCUCUUCCUUCUGGAUGAGCCCCAAGGAAGCUCCACAGUACAAGGGGAUAGUGAAAUUGCUGCUGCAUUUCAGGUGGACGUGGGUCGGUCUCAUUGCCCCAGACAAUGAUGGCGGAGAUCAGUUUGUGAAGACCAUGAAGGCUGCGGUCUUUGGGAGUGCUAUUUGUCUUCACCAUUUCCUGAGAACUGUCCGCUUUAACAGCACUACCAUGGACGAAAUAUAUUUUGAUGAAGAUGAGCUGGUGGCCAGCUAUGAUAUUGUGAAUGUGGUUGUGUUUCCUAACAAUACUGUUUCACGGGUGAAAGUUGGCAAGCUGGAGACACAAGCCUCCUCAGGUGUACAGCUGAUUAUUCACGAGGAGGCAAUAGUGUGGCCGAACUGGUUUAAUCAGACAAGGCCUCGUUCUACCUGUACAGAAAGCUGCCAACCCGGAUCCAGGAAGGUGGUGCCAGAAGGACAGCCAAUUUGCUGUUAUAAUUGUGACCCUUGCGUGGAAGGAACCAUUUCUACCAAUGCAGAUGCAGAUCGUUGUCAUGAUUGUCCAAAAGAUCAAUACUCAAACGAUGACAAACAUCAAUGUAUCCUCAAGACUACAGUCUUCCUCUCCUAUGAGGAACCACUGGGGAUAACCUUGGUUUUCUUUGCCCUAUUUUUUUGCCUAACCACAUGUUCUGUUUUGGGAAUCUUCAUUAAAAACCAAGACACUCCACUAGUUAAAGCCAACAACCAAACACUCACUUACAUCCUCCUCGUUUCUCUUUUGCUUUGCUUUUUGUCCUCUUUUCUUUUCAUUGGCCAGCCUCAAAAGGUCACUUGUCUUCUCCGCCAAAGCCUCUUCAGCAUCAUCUUCUCAGUCGCCGUCUCUUCUGUGCUGGCCAAAACUAUAACUGUGGUUUUGGCAUUCAUGGCCACGAAGCCAGGGAACAGUAUCCGGAAGUGGGUGGGAAAGGGUUUGGCAAACUCCAUUGUCCUCUUCUGUUCCAUCAUUCAGUUUGGCAUCUGCAUUGCCUGGAUCAGAAUAUCUCCCCCAUUCCCAGAACUGGACAUGGAUUCGCAGGUCAGACAGAUAAUACUGCAAUGCAAUGAAGGGUCCAUCGCUAUGUUUUAUUGUGCCCUUGGCUACAUGGGACUUCUGGCUGCCAUCUCUUUUACUGUAGCAUUCUUAGCCAGAAAGCUCCCUGGGGGUUUCAACGAAGCCAAGUUUAUCACUUUCAGCAUGCUAGUAUUUUGCAGUGUUUGGGUCUCCUUCGUGCCAACCUACUUGAGCACCAAGGGGAAAUACAUGGUGGCUGUGCAGAUCUUCUCCAUCUUGGUUUCCAGUGCUGGGUUACUGGUUUGUAUCUUCCUUCCCAAAUGCCACAUCAUUGUUCUGAGGCCUAAUCUGAAUACAAAGGAGCACCUAAUGAUGAAAAGGAAAAAUUAG